GCGGCGCAGACAUGUCUGACGGAGGAGAAGGAGAGGACGAGAUCCAGUUCCUGCGGACUGAUGAUGAGGUGGUCCUGCAGUGUUCGGCCACUCUCCAUAAAGAACAACAGAAACUCUGUUUGGCUGCUGAAGGCUUCGGGAACAGACUCUGCUUCCUCGAGUCCAUCUCCAACUCCAAGAAUGUUCCUCCUGAUCUGUCCAUCUGCACCUUCGUGUUGGAGCAGAGUCUGUCUGUACGAGCGCUGCAGGAGAUGUUGGCCAACACGGAGGACAGGAAUGAGGGGACGGCGCAGGGUGGCAGCCAUCGAACGUUACUGUACGGACACGCCGUGCUGCUCAGACACUCCUACAGCGGGAUGUACCUGUGCUGUCUCUCCACGUCUCGCUCGUCCACAGACAAACUGGCCUUUGAUGUCGGACUGCAGGACGACACCACAGGCGAGGCGUGCUGGUGGACCAUCCAUCCGGCAUCCAAGCAGCGAUCAGAAGGAGAGAAGGUCAGAGUGGGAGACGACCUCAUCCUGGUCAGCGUCUCCUCGGAGAGAUACCUGCACCUGUCGUAUGGAAACAGCUCUCUCCAUGUGGAUGCAGCCUUCCAGCAGACUCUGUGGAGCGUCGCUCCCAUCUGUUCAGGAAGUGAGGUGGCUCAAGGGUUCCUAAUUGGAGGAGACGUCCUGCGCCUCCUCCACGGUCACAUGGAUGAGUGUCUGACUGUUCCUUCAGGAGAACACGGGGAUGAGCAGAGGAGGACAGUUCACUAUGAGGGCGGAGCUGUGUCGAGUCACGCCAGAUCCCUGUGGAGGCUGGAGACUCUGAGGGUGGUGUGGAGUGGGAGUCACAUCCGCUGGGGUCAGCCCUUCAGACUGCGUCAUGUGACCACGGGAAAAUACCUGAGUCUGUUAGAGGACAAAUCUCUGCAGCUACUGGACAAAGAGCAAGCUGACGUCAAAUCUACAGCGUUCUGCUUCAGGUCUUCUAAGGAAAAGUGUGACCCCGGUGUAAAGAAGGAAGUGGACGGGAUGGGUGUUCCUGACAUUAAAUAUGGAGAUUCUGUGUGUUACAUACAACACGUCAACACCUGUCUGUGGCUCACCUAUCAGACCGUAGAUGCCAAAUGUGCUCGCAUGGGCGGAGUCCAGAGGAAGGCCAUCAUGCACCACGAGGGUCACAUGGAUGACGGGCUGACUCUGUCUCGAUCUCAACACGAGGAGAGUCGGACCGCCCGAGUCAUCAGGAGUACUGUGUUCCUGUUUAACCUGUUCAUCAGGGGGCUGGACUCUCUGAGGAAAAAGGGGCGGGGCUCCACUCCUGAUUUACCAAUAGAUUCAGUCAGCCUGAGCCUGCAGGAUCUGAUUGGAUACUUCCAGCCACCUGGAGAUCACCUGGAGCAUGAAGACAAGCAGAACCGCCUGAGAGCGCUGAAGAACCGGCAGAACCUUUUCCAAGAGGAGGGAAUGAUCAGCCUGGUGCUGGAGUGUAUUGAUCGUCUGCACGUUUACAGCAGCGCUGCUCAUUUUACUGAAGCUGCAGGACGAGAAGCAGGAGACACCUGGAGCUCCAUCCUCAACUCUCUGUACCAGCUGCUGGCGGCUCUGAUCAGAGGAAACAGGAAGAACUGCGCUCAGUUCUCAGGAUCGUUGGAUUGGUUGAUCAGCCGACUGGAGAGACUGGAGGCUUCCUCAGGUAUCCUGGAGGUUCUUCACUGUGUCCUGGUGGAGAGUCCUGAAGCUCUGAACAUCAUCAAAGAGGGACACAUCAAGUCCAUCAUCUCACUGCUGGACAAACAUGGACGCAACCACAAGGUCUUAGACGUGCUGUGCUCUCUGUGUGUCUGUCAUGGCGUUGCUGUUCGCUCAAACCAACACCUGAUCUGUGAUAACCUGCUGCCAGGACGAGACCUGCUGCUCCAGACCAGGCUGAGCAACCACGUAAGCAGCAUGCGCCCCAACAUCUUUCUGGGGGUCAGCGAUGGUUCCGCCCAGUACAGGAAGUGGUACUACGAGCUGAUUGUAGAUCAGGCCCAGCCGUUCGUCACUGCAGAGGCGACACACCUCAGAGUGGGCUGGGCCAACACCAGCGGCUACGCCCCCUUUCCCAGUGGAGGGGAGGGGUGGGGGGGUAACGGUGUGGGGGAUGACCUAUACUCGUAUGGCUUCGAUGGACUCCACCUGUGGUCAGGCUGCAUCGCCCGCACCGUCAGCUCUCCUAACCAGCACCUCCUGAAGGCGGAGGAUGUGGUCAGCUGCUGUCUGGAUCUGAGCGUGCCCAGUAUCUCCUUCAGGAUCAACGGACAGCCGGUACAGGGCAUGUUUGAGAACUUCAACUCUGACGGACUCUUCUUCCCUGUGGCCAGCUUCUCUGCAGGAGUCAAGGUUCGUUUCCUCCUGGGGGGUCGUCAUGGAGAGUUUAAGUUCCUCCCCCCUCCAGGUUACGCUCCGUGUUAUGAGGCCGUGUUACCCAGAGAGAAGCUGAAGCUGGAGCCGUGUCAGGACCAGACGGGAGCCAGAGACCUGCUGGGGCCCACCAUCACUCUGAGCCAGGCCGCAUUCACCCCGACACCAGUGGACACCAGCCAGAUCGUUCUUCCUCCUCACCUGGAGAGAAUCAGGGAGAAACUAGCUGAAAACAUCCAUGAACUCUGGGUGAUGAACAAGAUUGAGCUGGGCUGGACCUACGGAGCUGUGAGGGAUGAUAACAAGAGGCAGCACCCGUGCCUUGUGGAGUUCUCCAAACUUCCUGAGCAGGAGCGGAGCUACAACCUGCAGAUGUCCUUGGAGACGUUAAAGACGCUGCUGGCUCUGGGUUGCCAUGUUGGCCUUUCUGAUGAGCACGCUGUGGAGAAGGUCAAGAGUCUGAAACUGUCCCAUACCUAUGAAUUAUCCAGUGGUUAUAAACCUGCUCCUCUGGACCUGAGUCACAUCAAACUGACCUCCACCCAGGAAGCCAUGGUGGACAAACUGGCUGAGAACGCUCACAACGUGUGGGCGAGAGACCGCAUCCGCCAGGGCUGGACUUACGGCAUCCAGCAGGAUGUAAAGAACCGUAGGAACCCUCGCCUGGUCCCCUACACUCUGCUGGAUGAGAGGACCAAAAAGUCCAACAAGGACAGUCUGAGAGAGGCUGUCAGGACUCUGCUGGGCUAUGGGUACAACCUAGAGGCUCCAGACCAGGACCACGCUCAGUGCGACCCCAGUAACAUGUCCGCCGAACGGUUCAGGAUCUUCAGAGCAGAGAAGACAUACAGCGUGAACACAGGGAAGUGGUACUUUGAGCUGGAGGUGUUAACAGCUGGAGAAAUGAGGGUGGGCUGGGCAAGACCGGGGUGUCUCCCAGACCAGGAGCUGGGCUCUGAUGAUCAGGCUUUCGUUUUUGAUGGGUUCAAGGUCCAGCGCUGGCACCAGGGUAAUGAACACUUUGGUCGGGCGUGGCAAACGGGGGACGUGGUGGGCUGCAUGGUAGACCUGAACGAACACACCAUGAUGUUCACGCUGAACGGGGAGGUGCUGCUGGAUGACUCUGGGUCUGAGCUGGCAUUCAAAGACUUUGAUGCUGGUGAAGGUUUCAUCCCGGUCUGCAGUCUGGGGGUCUGUCAGGUGGGGAGGAUGAACUUCGGUAAAGACGUCAGCUCUCUGAAGUAUUUCACCAUCUGUGGCCUUCAGGAGGGAUACGAACCGUUCGCCGUCAACAUGAACCGAGACGUCACCAUGUGGCUCAGCAAGAGGCUGCCCCAGUUUGUCCCUGUGCCCCCCCUCCACCAGCACAUCGAUGUCACCAGGAUCGACGGGACGGUGGAGUCGUGUCCGUGUCUAAGGGUCACCCAGAGGUCAUUCGGCUCUCAGAACAGUCACAAUGAAAUCACCUUCUACCGACUGAGCAUGCCUAUAGAGUGCGCAGAAUCCUUUAACAGAUCGCCACACGAUGGCGUCUUCUCUCCAAAGAGGGAGCUGGAGGACUUUGAGACAGUGUCAGACUUUGAGGUUUUGAUGAAGACUCCCCACGGUCCCAAUGGUCCUGACAAAGACGAGUUCAACAACCACAAAGAUUACAACCAGGAGAAACCGUCCAAGCUGAAACACCGGUUCUUGCUGAAGAAAAACAAACCAGACAACAGCUGUCCCACAUCGACUCGUCUGUCUGAGGAGGUGAUGGCUGAAGACAGAGAGGAGUAUGAGUUUCUCAUGAACGCCUCAACGCAUUACUACUCGGUGAGGAUCUUCCCCGGUCAGGAGCCCAGCAGUGUGUGGGUGGGUUGGGUCACCUCAGACUUUCAUCAGUACGACCCCGGCUUUGAGCUUCACAAGGUCCGAACGGUGACCGUAACCCUGGGAGACGAGAAGGGCAAAGUUCACGAGAGUAUUAAACGCAGUAAUUGCUACAUGGUGUGGGCUGGAGAGAGCAGCAGUCCGGGUCAGGGCAGGAACAACAACGGUCUGGAGAUUGGCUGUUUGGUUGAUACCACACACGGUCUGCUGACCUUCACCGCCAACGGGAAAGAGCUUAGCACGUACUACCAGGUGGAGCCCAGCACCAAACUGUUCCCUGCAGUGUUCGCCAAAGCCACCAGUCCAAACGUCUUCCAGUUUGAACUGGGAAGAGUGAAGAAUGUGAUGCCGCUCUCAGCCGGUCUCUUUAAGAGUGAGAAGAAGAACCCGGUUCCUCAGUGUCCUCCGCGUCUUCACGUCCAGUUCCUCACCCCGGUCUUAUGGAGUCGAGUACCAAAUCACUUCCUGAAGGUUUCUUCAUCCAGAGUGAGUGAUAGACUGGGCUGGUUGGUUCAGUGUAACGAACCUCUGCAGUUCAUGUCUCUGCACAUCCCAGAGGAGAACAGGUGUGUAGACAUCCUGGAGCUGUCGGAGCAGAGUGACCUGUUGAAGUUUCACUACCACACGCUCAGACUCUACUCAGCCAUCUGUGCUCUGGGAAAUAACCGAGUGGCUCACGCUCUCUGCUCUCACGUGGACGAAUCGCAACUGCUGCAGGCCAUCCAGAACAAAUACAUGCCAGGCCUUCUACGGGCGGGUUACUACGACCUCCUGAUCGACAUCCACCUGAGCAGCUACGCCACGGCGCGCCUCAUGAUGAAUAGCGAGUACAUCGUCCCCAUGACGGAGGAGACCAAGAGCAUCACACUGUUCCCAGACCAGGACAAGAAGCACGGCCUGCCAGGCAUUGGCCUCAGCACCUCGCUCCGACCCAGAAUGCAUUUCACCUCACCCAGCUUCGUCUCCGGGGUUGCCCCAUCUCACCGUAACCAUAGCAACAAUGGCUCUUUUUCCACUGACUGUUUCCAGUACAGCCCUGAGUUCCCGCUAGACGUGCUCAAGGUGAAGACCAUCGAGAUGCUGACGGAGGCGGUGAGGGAGGGCAGUAUGCACGUCAGAGAUCCUGUAGGGGGCAGCACUGAGUUCCUGUUCGUACCUCUCAUUAAACUCUUCUACACCAUGCUGAUCAUGGGCGUGUUCCAGAACGGGGACCUGAAGAACAUCCUGAGGCUGAUCGAGCCCUCCGUCUUCUCUGAGAAAGGGAAGGAGAAGGACAAUGGACACGGCCAGCAGGAGGCGCUAAAGGAGCACAACGGGGGAGGGAGGGGGGAGGACGGGGGGAGGAGCAUGCCCAAAGAAGGACUACUGGAGAUGAAACUGCCUGAGCCUGUCAAACUGCAGAUGUGCCAUGUGCUCCAGUACCUGUGCGACUGUCAGGUCCGUCACCGGAUCGAGGCUGUGGUCGCGUUCUCCGAAGACUUUGUAGCCUGUCUCCAAGACAACCAGCGUUUCCGCUACAACGAGGUGAUGCUCGCUCUCAACAUGUCUGCAGCGCUGACCGCCAGGAAGACUAAAGAGUUCAGAUCACCUCCACAAGAACAGAUCAACAUGCUGCUGAACUUUAAAGACAACAAACAGGACUGUCCUUGCCCAGAAUACAUCCGAGAACAGCUGCUGGACUUCCACGAGGACCUCAUGAGACACUGUGGAAUAGAGCUGGACGAGGAGCGAGCGAUGGGUGGAGACAAUGAUUUUACCAUCAGAGGGCGGCUCAUGUCAUUGGUGGAGAAAGUGUCCUACCUGAAGAGCAAGAUGGCCGACCUUCCUGCAGAGAAGAAGCACAGGAAGCCCAGUACACUGCAGCAGCUGAUCUCAGACACCAUGGUCCGCUGGGCUCAGGAGUCAGUCAUCGAGGAUCCAGAUCUGGUCAGAGCCAUGUUUGUUCUGCUGCACCGACAGUAUGACGGUAUCGGAGGGCAGGUCCAGGCUCUCCCAAAGACUUACACCAUAAACUCAGUCUCCAUCGAGGACACCAUCACCCUGCUGGCUGCUCUGGGUCAGAUCAGGUCUCUGCUCAGCGUCAGAAUGGGCCGAGAGGAGGAGAAGCUGAUGAUCAGAGGGCUGGGUGACAUCAUGAACAAUAAGGUGUUCUACCAGCAUCCUAACCUGAUGAGAGCUCUGGGGAUGCACGAGACGGUGAUGGAGGUGAUGGUGAACGUGCUGAGUGGAGGAGACUCAAAGGAGAUCACGUUUCCUAAGAUGGUGGCUAACUGCUGUCGCUUCCUGUGUUACUUCUGUCGGAUCAGCCGUCAGAACCAGAAGGCCAUGUUUGAUCACCUGAGCUACCUGCUGGAGAACAGCAGUGUGGGACUAGCCUCCCCCUCCAUGAGAGGUUCCACCCCCCUGGAUGUGGCUGCAGCCUCAGUCAUGGAUAAUAAUGAACUGGCUCUGGCUCUAAGGGAGCCUGACCUGGAGAAGGUGGUCCAGUACCUGGCGGGCUGCGGUCUGCAGAGCUGUGUGAUGCUUGUCCAUAAAGGUUACCCUGACAUCGGCUGGAACCCGGUGGAGGGAGAGCGCUACCUGGACUUCCUGAGAUUCGCCGUCUUCUGUAACGGUGAGAGUGUAGAGGAGAACGCUAAUGUGGUGGUAAGGCUCCUGAUUCGGCGCCCUGAGUGCUUCGGCCCCGCCCUCAGAGGUGAAGGCGGAGACGGGCUGUUAGCGGCGAUGGAGGACGCCAUCAAAAUCUCCCAGGAUUCUUCCAGAGAUGGACCAUCACCGUCAUCAGAGAGCAGCAAGACACUCAGUGACAUCACAGAGGAGGAGGAGGACGACACCAUCCACAUGGGGAACGCCAUCAUGACCUUCUACGCCGCUCUGAUUGACCUGCUUGGACGCUGCGCUCCAGAGAUGCACCUGAUCCAUGCAGGUAAAGGUGAGGCCAUCAGGAUCCGAGCCAUCCUCAGGUCCCUGAUCCCCAUCGAGGAUCUGGUUGGAGUCAUCAGUAUCCCGUUCUCCAUGCCCAGUCUGGGCACAGACGGUCACGUGGUAGAGCCCGACAUGUCAGCUGGUUUCUGUCCAGAUCAUAAAGCCGCCAUGGUUCUGUUCCUGGACCGGGUCUAUGGCAUCGAGGAUCAGAACUUCCUGCUGCACCUGCUAGAAGUUGGCUUCUUACCAGACCUGAGAGCUGCCGCCUCAUUGGACACGGUGUCUCUAAGUGCCACCGACAUGGCCCUGGCCCUGAACAGGUAUCUUUGUACGGCUGUCCUCCCUCUCCUCACUAAAUGUGCCCCUCUGUUCGCUGGGACCGAGCCGUUCGCCUCCUUGAUCGACUCCCUGCUCCACACCGUGUACCGCCUGUCGAAAGGAUGCUGCCUCACCAAGGCCCAGAGGGACGCCAUCGAGGAGUGUCUGCUCGCUGUCUGUGGGAAGCUGCGUCCGUCCAUGAUGCAGCAUCUCCUGCGGAGGUUGGUGUUUGACGUCCCUCUGCUCAACGAACACACCAAGAUGCCUUUAAAGCUGCUGACCAAUCACUAUGAGCGUUGUUGGAAGUAUUACUGUCUGGCUGGAGGCUGGGGGAAUUUCGGAGCAGCGUCUGAUGAGGAGCUUCACCUGUCCAGGAAACUCUUCUGGGGGAUCUUUGAUGCUCUGUCACACAAGAAGUACGAUCAGGAGCUGUUUAAACUGGCUCUGCCGUGUCUGAGCGCCGUGGCCGGAGCUCUUCCUCCAGACUACAUGGAGUCAAACUACAUGGCCAUGAUGGAGAAACAGUCGUCUAUGGACUCAGAGGGGAACUUCACACCGCAGCCAGCUGACACUGCAAAUGUUUGUGUCCCAGAGAAACUGGAUUAUUUUAUUACCCGAUACGCUGAACACAUCCACGAGAAGUGGAGCAUCGAGAAGUUUUCCAGCGGCUGGUCGUUUGGAGAGACGCUCUGUGAGAUAUCGAAGAGUCACCCUCUACUAAAGCCUUACAAAGGACUGUAUGAAAAGGAUAAGGAGUCGUACUGCGUUCCUGUAAGAGAGGCGUUAAAGACCAUGCUGUCAUGGGGAUGGAGCAUCGAGAGGAUCAGAGAAGGAGACCCUGCUAACCUGCACAAUAAAUCCAGGAGGAUCUCACAGGCCAGCCAGCAGCUGUCGUUUGACGGAGGCCCGGCGUUUAGCCCCAGACCCAUCGACAUGAGCAACGUGACGCUCUCCAGAGACAUGCAGUCCAUGGCUGAGCUGCUGGCUGAGAACUACCACAACAUCUGGGCCAGGAAGAAGAAGAGUGAGCUGGAGGCUAAAGGAGGAGGAAACCAUCCUCUGCUGGUUCCUUACGACACUCUAACAGCCAAAGAGAAAUCUAAAGACAGAGAGAGAGCUCAGGACAUCCUCAAGUUUCUGCAGAUCAAUGGAUACACCGUUUCCAGAGGUGUUAAAUGUCAUGAGUUGGACACCCCGGCCAUAGAGAAGCGUUUUGCCUACACCUUCCUGCAGCAGCUCAUCACCUACGUGGACCAGGCUCGCCAACACAUGAUGGAGUUUGAUCUGGGAACACGGCAGAAGGGAGAGAAGAUUCCUCAUGAACAGCAGAUUAAAUUCUUCGGAAAGGUGGUUCUCCCACUGGUGGAUCAGUACUUUAAAAACCACCGGCUCUACUUCCUGUCUACAGCCAUCCAUCCAAUCAGCAGUGGAGGCCACGCCUCCAACAAGGAGAAGGAGAUGGUGACCAGUCUGUUCUGUAAACUGGGAGUUCUGGUCAGGAUCUUUUUGGCUUUGUUUCAUGGUAACAAUGCCACCUCCAUUGUGAACUGUCUACAGAUCCUGGGACAGAGUCUGGAUGCCAGGACAGUAAUGAAGACCGGUCUGGAGUCGGUGAAGGCAGCUCUCCGCUCGUUUUUUGUCAGUGCGGCGGAGGACUUGGAGCAGACUCAGGAGAACCUGAAGCAGGGUCAGUUCACUCACAGUCGAGAUCAGCCUCGAGGAGUCACUCAGAUCAUCAACUACACCACCUUCGCCCUACUGCCUGUCCUCUCCUCACUAUUUGAACAUAUCGGUCUGCACGGCUUUGGAGAGGAUCUCAUACUUGAUGACGUCCAGGUCUCCUGCUACAGGAUCCUCAAUAGUCUCUACCUGCUGGGAACAAACAAGAGCAUCUAUGUGGAGAGACAGCGUCCAGCGUUAGGGAAAUGCCUGGCGGCAUUCUCUGCAGCGUUUCCUGUAGCUUUCCUGGAGCCGCACAUGAACAAGUUCAACAGUUUCUCAAUUUACAACAACAGAACACACAACGACCUGAAAGCUCUGGGUCUACCUGAGCAGGUAGAAGACGUCUGUCCUCACAUCCCAAACCUGGAGAAAUCUCUGGAGGAGAUCAUGGAGCUGGCAGAGUCUGGCAUGAGAUACAACCAGAUGCCUCACAUCAUGGAGGUGGUGCUGCCCAUGCUCUGCAGCUACAUGUCUCACUGGUGGGAACACGGAGCAGAGAGUUACCUGGACAGGUGUGAUACCUGCUGUACGUCGGUCACCUCUGAUCACAUGAACUCUCUGCUGGGGAACAUCCUGAAGAUUAUCUACAAUAACCUGGGAGUCGAUGAGGGCACCUGGAUGAAGAGACUGGCUGUGUUCUCUCAGCCAAUCAUCAGUAAAGCCAAACCUGAGCUGUUACAGACUCAUUUCCUGCCUCUAAUGGACAAACUGAAGAAGAAAGCAGCAGUGGUCUUAUUGGAUGAGGAGCAGAGUCGGGCCGAGGGGCGUGGAGAGAUGUCAGAGACGGAGCUCCUCAUCAUGGAUCAGUUCACUGUCCUGGUCAGAGAUCUCUACGCCUUCUACCCUCUGCUCAUACGAUUCGUCGACUACAACAGAGCUCGCUGGCUGAAGGAGUCCAGUCCUGAGGCCGAGGAACUGUUCAGGAUGGUGGCUGAGGUCUUCAUCUUCUGGGCAAAGUCUCACAACUUCAAGCGUGAGGAGCAGAACUUUGUGGUCCAGAAUGAGAUCAACAACAUGUCGUUCCUCAUCACAGACACCAAGUGUAAAAUGUCCAAGGGCAUGGUUUCAGACCAGGAGAGGAAGAAGAUGAAGAGGAAGGGAGAUCGGUACUCCAUGCAGACCAGUCUGAUUGUGGCCACUCUGAAGCGUCUGCUACCUGUGGGUCUGAACAUCUGCGCACCUGGAGAACACGAGCUGAUCGGCCUCGCCAAAAACCGAUUUAACCAGAAAGACACAGAGGAAGAAGUCCGAGAGAUCAUCAGGAACAACCUCCAUCUCCAGGGGAAGCUGGAGGACCCGGCGAUCCGUUGGCAGAUGGCACUGUACAGAGAUCUACCAAACCACCAGGAGGACUCGACUGAUCCUCAGAGGACCAUAGACCGAGUGCUGGACAUCGCUCACGUCCUCUUUCACCUGGACCAGGUUGAACACCCUCAGCGCAGUAAGAAGGCAGUGUGGCACAAACUUCUGUCGAAACAGAGGAAGAGAGCAGUGGUGGCUUGUUUCAGGAUGGCUCCUCUCUACAACCUGCCCAGACACCGAGCGGUGAAUCUGUUCCUGCAGGGCUAUGAGAAGCUGUGGAUCGAGGCAGAGGAACACUACUUUGAGGACAAGCUGAUCGAAGACCUUGCUAAACCAGGGGACGAGGAGGCGUGUGAGGAAGAGGAGGGGACAAAGCACAUCGAUCCUCUACAUCAACUCAUCCAGCUGUUCAGCCGAACUGCCCUCACCGAGAAAUGUAAACUGGAUGAAGAUAACCUGUACAUGGCGUACGCUGACAUUAUGGGAAAGAGCUGCCAUGAUGAGGAGGACGAGGAUGGAGAGGAAGUCAAGAGCUUUGAGGAGAAGGAGAUGGAGAAGCAGAAGCUUUUAUACCAGCAGGCUCGUCUGCAUGACCGAGGAGCAGCAGAGAUGGUUCUACAGACCAUUAGCGCAAGCAAAGGUGAGAUGGGUCUGAUGGUGGCAUCAACGCUGAAGCUAGGCAUCGCAAUCCUGAAUGGAGGAAACUCCACAGUACAGCAGAAAAUGUUGGACUACCUGAAGGAUAAGAAGGACGUUGGCUUCUUUCAGAGUCUUGCCGGUCUCAUGCAGUCCUGCAGCGUUCUGGACCUGAAUGCGUUUGAGCGUCAGAACAAGGCUGAAGGUCUGGGCAUGGUGACAGAGGAGGGAUCAGUCAUCACUCAUGAGCGUGGUGAGAAGGUCAUGCAGGAUGAUGAGUUCACCUGUGACCUUUUCCGCUUCCUGCAGCUGCUCUGUGAAGGACACAACUCAGACUUUCAGAACUACCUGAGGACUCAGACAGGAAACAACACAACAGUGAACAUCAUCAUCUCCACAGUGGACUAUCUCCUCAGAGUGCAGGAGUCUAUCAGUGAUUUUUACUGGUAUUAUUCCGGUAAGGACGUCAUUGAUGAGCAGGGUCAGAGGAAUUUCUCCAAGGCCAUCAACGUGGCUAAACAGGUGUUUAACACUCUGACGGAGUACAUCCAGGGUCCAUGCACAGGGAACCAGCAGUCUUUGGCUCACAGUCGUCUUUGGGACGCCGUGGUCGGUUUUCUCCACGUUUUUGCUCAUAUGCAGAUGAAACUCUCACAGGACUCGAGUCAGAUCGAAUUACUGAAGGAACUGAUGGACCUGCAGAAGGACAUGGUGGUUAUGCUGCUCUCCAUGCUGGAGGGUAACGUGGUGAAUGGGACGAUUGGGAAGCAGAUGGUGGACAUGUUGGUGGAGUCGUCCAACAACGUGGAGAUGAUCCUGAAGUUCUUCGACAUGUUCCUCAAACUGAAGGACUUGACAUCUUCUGAUGCCUUCAAGGAAUAUGACCCAGACGGGAAAGGGGUCAUCUCAAAGAGGGACUUCCACAAAGCCAUGGAGAGCCACAAACACUACACCCAAUCAGAAACCGACUUCCUGCUGUCCUGUGCCGAGACUGACGAGAACGAGCUGCUUGACUACGAAGAGUUCGUUAAGAGGUUUCAUGAGCCAGCCAAGGACAUUGGCUUUAACGUGGCGGUUCUGCUGACAAACCUGUCGGAGCACAUGCCUCAUGACACUCGUCUGCAGACGUUUCUGGAGCUGGCCGACAGCGUCCUGAAUUACUUUCAGCCCUACCUUGGACGCAUCGAGAUCAUGGGCAGCGCCAAACGCAUCGAGAGGGUUUACUUUGAGAUCAGCGAGUCAAGUCGGACACAGUGGGAGAAACCUCAGGUUAAGGAAUCAAAGCGUCAGUUCAUCUUUGACGUUGUGAAUGAAGGAGGAGAGAAGGAGAAGAUGGAGCUCUUUGUGAACUUCUGUGAGGACACCAUCUUUGAGAUGCAGCUGGCAGCUCAGAUGUCAGACGCUGGCGAGCGAUUGGCCAACAAGGAGGAGAGUGAGCGAGAGAAACCAGACGAGGAGAGUCCAGAUAUGGGCUUCUUCUCCAUCACCACCGUCCGCAUGGCACUGCUAGCACUACGCUACAAUGUCAUGAUGCUCAUCAAGGUUCUGUCAAUGAAGAGUGUGAAGAAGCAGAUGAAGAAGAUGAAGAACAUGACGCUGAAGGACCUGCUGACCACGCUGAUGGCUUUCUAUUGGUCUGUUCUGCUGGCUCUGCUCCACAUGGCCUUCAGCGUGGCCCGAGGUUUCUGCAGGAUCUUCUACAACACCUUCAUGGGUGGGAACCUGGUGGAGGGGGCCAAGACCAUCAAGGUGUCCGAGCUGCUGGCCAACAUGCCUGACCCCACCCAGGACGAGGUUAGGGGUGAGGGAGAGGAGCGUGAAAAGAGGCCGUCCCCUCAAGAGGACCUGGCCGACCUGGCGGUGAACACCAGCGAGACGGAGCUGCUGUCAGACAUCUUUGGACUGGACCUAAGGAGGGAGGGGGGCCAGUACAAGAUCACCCCCCACAACCCCAACGCCAGCCUCACUGAGCUGCUCAACUCCCCUGUACCCUCUCCCACACCUCCAGCCCCACCCACUGCGGCCUCCUCCACAGCGCCCCCUCCUGAGCUCAGACGGAGGCAUCAGUCCAAAAGUUCUUCCAGUGAGGAGAAGGAGGUGACAGCAGACACGCAAACGGAACCUGAAAAAACAGAAGUUGUAGAGAAAGAGGAGAAACAGCAGAAGAAGGAGAAGCUGAAGCCCAAAGUGAGGAGGCAUCACAUGUCAAAGUCUGAUGAGCCCGACCUGCAGGAGUCAGCCGUCCUCAAGAAGAUCAUCGCCUACCAGAGGAAGCUGCUGAACUACUUUGCUAGAAACUUCUACAACAUGAGGAUGCUCGCUCUUUUUGUGGCCUUCGCCAUCAACUUCAUUCUCCUCUUCUAUAAGGUGUCCACUUCCUCAUCGUCCUUGGUGGAGGAGAAGCAGGUUGUGUUGAGCAACAGCCAAUCAGAAAGCAGUGUUCAGUGGGAGGCUCUGGGAGGAGAAGGGGCAGAGCUAAAGGAGGAGGUUCAGGAAGAGGCAGGGGAGGUACUGAAGCCAGUAACAGUGCGUUUUGUCCUAGAGGAGAGCAGCGGCUACAUGGAGCCGAUGCUACGAAUCCUCGCCAUCCUUCACACCGUCAUCGCCUUCUUCUGCAUCAUUGGAUACUACUGCCUUAAAGUUCCUCUGGUCAUCUUUAAGAGAGAGAAGGAAGUGGCGAGGAAACUGGAGUUUGACGGUUUGUACAUCACAGAGCAACCAUCAGAGGACGACAUCAAGGGACAGUGGGACAGACUGGUCAUCAACACACAAUCUUUCCCCAAUAACUACUGGGAUAAGUUUGUGAAGAGGAAGGUGAUGGAUAAAUAUGGAGAGUUUUAUGGACAUGAUCGGAUCAGCGAGCUGCUGGGGUUGGAUAAAGCUGCUCUGGACUUCAGCGACUCUCAUAAGAAGAGGAAACCUCGCAGAGACAGCUCGCUGACUGCCGUGCUGAACUCCAUUGAUGUCAAAUAUCAGAUCUGGAAGCUCGGAGUCGUUUUUACCGACAACAGCUUCCUGUACCUAGCCUGGUAUAUGACCAUGUCCAUCCUCGGUCACUACAACAACUUCUUCUUUGCUGCUCACCUGCUCGACAUCGCCAUGGGUUUCAAGACUCUGAGGACCAUCCUGUCAUCUGUCACACACAACGGCAAACAGCUGGUCCUGACUGUGGGUCUGUUGGCGGUGGUUGUGUAUCUGUACACGGUGGUGGCCUUUAACUUCUUUAGAAAGUUCUACAACAAAGGAGAGGACGGAGAGCUGCCCGACAUGAAGUGUGACGACAUGCUGACAUGUUACAUGUUCCACAUGUAUGUGGGGGUGAGGGCGGGGGGAGGUAUCGGGGACCAGAUCGAGGAUCCUGCAGGAGAUGAGUAUGAGAUCUACCGGAUCAUCUUUGACAUCACCUUCUUCUUCUUUGUCAUCGUCAUCCUGCUGGCUAUCAUACAAGGUCUGAUCAUCGAUGCGUUUGGAGAACUGAGAGAUCAGCAGGAACAAGUCAAAGAAGACAUGGAGACCAAAUGUUUUAUCUGUGGGAUCGGCAAUGAUUACUUCGACACCGUUCCUCAUGGCUUUGAGACGCACACGCUGCAGGAGCACAACUUAGCCAACUACCUAUUCUUUGUUAUGUAUCUAAUCAACAAAGAUGAAACUGAGCACACUGGACAGGAAUCAUACGUGUGGAAAAUGUACCAGGAGCGUUGUUGGGAGUUUUUCCCCGCUGGCGACUGCUUCCGGAAACAAUAUGAGGAUCAGCUGAACUGACCUGCUCCGCCCUCUUGGUCGUCUGUGACUCCCCACGCUGUUUUCCACGUGCUCUCCACGCCGUCCUCCUCCUCAUCAUUAGGAAUGCUUUAGACUCUGUAUAUAGACGCCAUUAUGACUCUGGACAGCAUGGCGUGGAGGAGGGUCGGCAGUCCGAGGAUGACGGCUGAGCUCUAUUGAUCCACAUAGAGAGUUCUUUAUGAAGAUGGCUAGGAUCAGACAUUUUUAUGACCACGUUAAAACUUCUCAUAUUUUCAGUUUGCACGCUGCAUGUCUCUGCAGGAGGCGGGGCCAACCACAAACUCUGGAACCCCACCGUUUUAAACAUGAGCAGUUAUGGGCUGCUCCUUCAGCCGCUCAUGGGUUUAAACUCGGCUCCGGGUAUAAUGAGCCACUGUGUGUGGGCGGGGCUUAAUCAAAGACUGAUGUGUUACUGAUGCUCAUGUUCGCAGUCUGCACACCCCAGCCGCUGGUGAAGGGCUCACAACACCAUCAAUAGCAUUUGGUUAGAGAGGAACUCAGCAACACGGACAAUGGCGAGUCAGAGUCAUCAAGUCAACAAGUCACCAUCUUCUACUCUGUUUCCUGAAUGCUGCUUGAUCUCUGCUACGUUUAAGUUUCAAUGGUUAAGUUUAAAGAAAAGCAAAAAGCUAAAGGCUAAAGCUUAAAGCUAAAGCUAAAGCAAUACCAAAGCAGCAAAAAAGACUCAUGAGUUCAUUGUUAGCAUUAGCAUUAGCCUGUUAGCUCAGAUUAUAAUGAUCGGGAGGGGACGGGGAGGAAACAGUGCCUUAUGAAGCCCGGAGGGGGCGUAGGUGAAGGGAUUGUGCAAUUCAGAAAGAAAGAGGGCUACUCUCAUUGGUCCAGAGAAAUCGCUGAGUCAGACCCUCUGUUACUAACGUUUGGACUGAAAGAUGGUCUGAUCAAUGAGGGAGAAAGUCAGCGAUCAUUUAUCACUGCUGAGAGAUCGUAGUCUGAUGAGAGAUGAGGGACUCUGGAACAAUAAAGGGGAUCUGAUUAUUUCAGAGAGAAAAACUCAAAACUUUCAGCUUUAAUUGGUUGUAAAUUAGCGAGAACGAAAACGUAGAAUUAUUGAGACUGUAAAAUCUGUUUGAUGGAAAAAUCGAACAAGAUGUGGCAGUGAGGGUCUAAUCAAUGAUCCUUUAAACUUUAGCUGAUCAGUAAGGAAGUCCCUCUGAUUUUCCCCACAUUAUCAUCACUGGGACUCCUGUAAACUGGCACUGUCCAGCUGUUUUCAGUUUGAUUCACUUUAAAUUUCUCAAUAAUUUUAACUUUAUGAUCCCAAUAAUUCUGGCUUUUUGAUCUCAAUAAUUCUGACUUUUUUUCUUGAAAUAUUCAGAUCCAGUUUAUUUCAUUUGUUCUUACAGUGGCCCUGAUAUGCCACCAUCUCACAGAAAUAUACACGUGAACACCUCUUUUUGGCAGCCAUCUUGAAGAGGUGUAGUUGUGGCUCAAGGUGACUGAUGGUCUGUCCACAGAAUAUUUUUGUCUAGUGUUCUGUUAGACGGUUAUCAGCUGUUUAAGAAUCAAGCACAGCAGGGGCCACACUUUCUGAUCACUUUCUGAGAACGUUGUCCUACAUGUCAUUGAGCUGCAGCUACACCUCUCCAAGAUGGCGCCAACACUCCUGUAUCUGCCCCGAUGGAUUCUACAUAAUACAUAUAUAAGGGUUAUUAUAUGAAAUCAUUCUAUUACCGUAUAUUUUCUGUUUCCAUGGUGACAGGAGGUGUGUGCUGAUUGGAUAAGAGCUCAGAGCCGACUCAUGUUAGAGGUUAUUUUGAAUGUUUUCAUGAUUUUCCAUCAGAUUGAUCCUUUUUGUACAGAAGUUCUCUGAUAGGCUCAUUGCAUGUUUAUUAAUUAAUAAAUAUAUCAAAGAUAUGAAAUGAUAAUGUCAGCCAUAAAAUGUUUAAUAAGAUGAUUUAAGAUGAAUUAAGACUUCUCUAUUAUUGUCUUCAUGUCCGCUUGCAUCCUUUAAACCAACCACACGAGGUGCCGCCCUCACAGUUUAACCUUGAUUUAACCAUUCAGCAAUACACUGUAAAAAAUGCCGACCAAUCAGAGUGCACUUUAUUUUAUCUCACGUCAAGGAAUUAUUGAUUAUGAUCUAUUGAUUAAUCUUAUUUUAAAGCUAAUGGAGAAAAGCUGAGGUUGUUCUCUUCAAUAAGUUUAACACUUAAUCUUAAAGGUGCAGUACACUGUUUAUAAAGGUAAAUAUAUUGAUCAUUGAUCAGUACAGCUCUAUGGAAAGAACUAGAGACCCAGACAAGAGAAGAGUCUGAAUACUGGGUACUCUAAAACUGGUUUUAACUACUAUGUGGUAGCAGCUCAACUAGUCUACACUCGGCUGUGCUAGUCUUCACUCGGCUCUGCUAGUCUACCCUUCUAGUCUACACUUGACCCUGCUAGUCUACACUUGGCUCUGAUAGUCUACAGUCAGCUCCCCUAGUCCACGCUCCUAGUCUACACUUGGCCAUGUUAGUCUACACUUGGCCCUGCUAGUCUACACUUGGCUCCCCUAGUCAAUGUGCCGUGUCUACAUUUGGCACUGCUAGUCUACACUCCGCUGCCCUAGUCUACCCUCCUAGUCUACACCUGGCUCUCCUAUUCUACCCUCCUCGUGUACUUUUGGCCUUGCUAGUCUACACUUGGCUCUGAUAGUCUACAGUCGGCUCCCCUAGUCCACACUCCUAGUCUACACUUGGCCAUGUUAGUCUCCACUUGGCCCUGCUAGUCUAUACUUGGCUCCGAUAGUCUACACUUGGCUCCGACAGUCUAAGCUCCUAGUCUCCACUUGGCCACGUUAGUCUACACUUGGCUCCGAUAGUCUACGCUCCUAGUCUCCACUUGGCCACGUUAGUCUACACUUGGCUCCGAUAGUCUAAGCUCCUAGUCUCCACUUGGCCACGUUAGUCUACACUUGGCUCCGAUAGUCUACGUUCCUAGUCUCCACUUGGCCAUGUUAGUCUACACUUGGCCCUGCUAGUCUACACUUGGCUCCGAUAGUCUACAGUCAGCUCCCUUAGUCCACGCUCCUAGUCUCCACUUGGCUCCUAGACUUUGAGUCUAGUUAAAUCAGUUGUAUUCAAGUAGAGUCAACUGGUGCCAAUCCGAGUCAAGUCAAACCAAGUCAAAGGAUUCCAUUUUGCAGAGCUGAGUUAAGCCGAGUCAAACUAAGUCUAGCCAAGUCGAGUUAAAUCCAGUCAAGUCCACCUGAGUCCAGUUGAAGCUGAGUCAGUACCACAUGUAGAAGAACCAAAACUGACAGCUUUUUUCCACAGAGGAUGAUGUUGUAGUUAUUGUCCACCGGGGGAUAGUUUUGUAUUUCCACCUUUAAAGCUGGGAACAGUGAGGGUCCACCAGGGGGCGCUACAGAGCUGCACCUUUAAAGUUGAGUGCGGCUGCAUGAGUGGUUAGCGUAAGCUCUGAGCAGUUAGCAUUAGCUCUGAGUGGUUAGCAUUAGCUCUGAGCCGUUAGCGUUAGCUCUGAGCCGUUAGCUGACGUGUCUGUUUUAUUCCAACGACCAUUGAACCAUGCUGCUGAUGUCAUCAUUGAUUAUUGAUUGAUUAGACAGUGGACUGAUCAAUGCCGUCACUGUGUGCAGAAAUAAGGAGCGAUAGCACAGAGGGGCAUGUUUACCAGAGGCAGCAGCUUCAUGUGUACA